GUCUGUGGUUUUAAUCGCUCCUUUCUGUAUUUAUCAGUGGCGACUCGCGUGCGUAAUCUACCCGUUCCGCAAAAAAAAAACAUGGCAAGUGCUAAUCUCGGGAUUUUAACUAUUUUUGAUCACGCUGGCCAAAGUUGGAAGAGCUACAAAGGCAGGAUUCUACAAAUUUUUUUGGCUAAUGAUUUGGACGGGACGACAGAUGCUACGGGGAAGAAGAGGAAAGCCAUUCUUUUAAGCGCACUCAGCGAAGGCACGUAUAAAUUAGUUGAGGAUUUAGCGUUGCCAAAGCAAUUGGGAAGCGUGCCAUUCGAGGACAUUUUGACGCUUUUGGACGGACAUUUUACACCGACACGGGUGGGCUUCGGGGAGCGUCAUAAGUUCUACUCCGCGUCACAGCAGGUAGGCGAGUCUCACACGCAAUGGGCGGCGAGGCUCCGUGGUCUGACUGCACACUGUGAAUUUGCUAAUGCAGAAGAGGCACUGCGUGACCGGUUCCUGAUAGGCAUGUUGCCAGGCCGGGAGAAGGAAAAACUUUAUGCUCGGAAGUUGAAGGAUUUGACGCUGGCUAAAGCUGUCGAGUUGGCAGAAACUAUUCGGUGCGCCAGCGCGGGGGCUACGGCGUCGGGUUCCGAACCCGGCACUGAUCAGCUGUUGAAGAUAUCAAAGAUUUUAUUUAUUUAUUUAUUUAAACUUUAUUGCACAAGCAAAGAAAAAUGUACAAAUGGCGGACUUAAUGUCAAAAGGCAUUCUCUACCAGUCAACCAUUAGGUCAAACAGAGACAUAAAUGUUGGUGCAGGA